AUGGCAGACGAUUCAUCAUCAUCAAAAGUAAGCUUGAAGCUUCUGAUCAACUCCAAAACAAAGCAAGUUUUAUUUGCAGAAGCCAACAAAGAAUUCGUGGAUUUCCUCUUCUACAUCCUUUCUCUCCCUGUUGGUACUGUGAUCAGGCUUCUCAGCAAGAACUCGAUGGUGGGUUCACUUGGAAAUCUCUACGACAGCAUUGAGAACUUGAGCGAUAUGUAUAUGCAACCAAACCAAAGCAAAGAUUCUGUUUUGAAUCCCAAUAUUGUGAACUAUGGGGCCAAUGAGGCUCUAUUAUUGCCACCUAUUGAUUUCGUUCCUAAGGCUCGGAAGUUUUACAAAUGUCCUAGUCAUAAUACCUGUGUGACAGAUAAUCCUACAGCUGUGUGUCCUAGCUGCAAUAGUAAAAUGAGCACCGAGGUGGCUUAUGUGAAAGGUAGUAAUUCGGUGACGGGGACUGUGGAGACUGGUGGUUUUGUGAAGGGGGUGGUGACUUACAUGGUAAUGGAUGAUCUGGAGGUGAAGCCAAUGUCCACCAUAUCUAGCCUUACUAUGUUGAACAAGUUUAAUGUGAAGGAAGUUGGUGGUCUUGAGGAAAAGGUGGUUUCUUUGGAAAUGAAAAAGGCCUCAAUGCUGUGCAAGAACGUCCUUACGAGUGUGUUCUUGGCUUAA